AUGGUGUUAAGGUGGUGCGUGUUUCUUCUACUUUUCGGUGUUGGUUUAAUGGAUACCCAAAAGCCGAAUAUUAUCGUAAUUAUGGCAGAUGAUAUGGGCUUCAAUGAUGUAGGAUUCCACGGCAGCGAUGAAAUUCCAACCCCCAACAUAGACGCCCUAGCCUACAAUGGAGUAAUUUUAAAUACGCAUUACACUCAAUCACUUUGUACACCAUCAAGAGCAGCUUUCCUCACUGGAAAAUAUCCCAUACACACAGGCAUGCAGCAUUUGGUCGUACUAGAGCCGGAACCUUGGGGACUUCCUCUAAAUGAAACGCUAAUGCCGCAACUUUUAAAACAGAAUGGAUACGCAACGCAUGCUAUUGGAAAGUGGCACUUGGGUUUUUUUAAAAAAGAAUAUACACCGACUUUUAGAGGAUUCGACACACAUUAUGGAUACUGGCAAGGGUUUCACGAUUACUACACGCAUAUGAUCAAAGCAUCGUUUUCAGACGAAACUGGUUACGAUUUCAGAAGAAAUCUUGAUGUCGACUGGGACGCUAAAGGCAAGUACAGUACGACGUUAUUUACUAAUGAAGCUGUCAAAUUGAUACGUGAGCAUGACACUAAUAAUCCAAUGUUUUUGUAUAUGGCCCAUCUUGCACCGCAUGCUGGAAACGACGUUGAUCCACUGCAAGCACCUGAUGAAGAAAUUGCUAAGUUCGCUCAUAUUAAAGACCCAGAACGACGUAUCUACGCAGCCAUGGUAUCCAUGUUGGAUCAAAGCGUUGGAACGGUGAUAGCGGCUCUGCGCGAUAAGCAAAUGCUACAAAACUCCGUGAUUCUCUUUAUGUCGGACAACGGGGCUGCACCUGAAGGAAUCCAUGCAAAUCACGGUUCGAAUUAUCCUUUCAGAGGGAUGAAAGAGACGGCAUGGGAAGGAGGCAACAGAAAUUUAGCAGCAAUAUGGAGUCCCCUCAUUCAAAAAUCCCAAAGAGUUUCCAAUCAUUUGAUGCAUAUCUCCGACUGGUUGCCAACAUUCUACUCCAUAGCUGGUUUAAAUAAAACGCAAAUUCCAAAUAUCGAUGGCCUAGAUAUGUGGGAAUCGAUUUCCGAAGACAAAGAGAGCCCAAGAACAGAAAUGCUCUACAAUAUCGAUGAUACUGCUAGGUGGGGAGCAAUCAGACAAGGCGAUUGGAAAUAUAUAUAUGGCUCUACAGGAAAACGAAAGGACUUGUGGUACGGAGAUGACGGCAAAAAAUCGGAAUAUUCUUACGAGGUCAACCAAAUAUUAACUUCAAAAACAGCCGCAGCCUUCGCUGGACUAAUAACUUACCAACAGAUUAAAGACAAGAACUUAAACAGGAGAAGGAGGAGGGAACUCAAAAUAAUUGAUAAAAAUGAUAUUAAAACGUUAAGAACGCAAGCUACAGUUAGUUGCGGGUCAUUUAAUUUCGAAGAUCAAUUAGAAGAGAACAAGUGCAAUCUUCAUCAAUCGCCGUGUUUGUUCAACAUAAGGGAAGACCCUUGCGAAAGAGUAAAUCUAGCUUCCACAAGACCAAACAUCGUAAGAAACCUAGAACAACUUCUUCUGGACUAUAGGAAAAACAUAGUACCUGCCCUAAAUAAACCUCGAGACCCAAGGGCAAAUCCUAUGGAUUGGAAUAACACUUGGACCAACUGGCAAGAUUGCGAUCAUGUUGUUAGAAGCAGAAUAAUAAACAGUUUUAAAGCUAUUUCGACGAUGAAUAUCAGCAUAAUUGUAGUUUCCUGUAUAAUAAUACUCUUUAUGAUAUUUGGUUUAUCUAAACUAGCUGAUACCGAAGCAAAAAAGAGAGAAAUGAAACGAAAAUCAGAAGCUUUGUUAAGCAAUAAUGGUGCUUAG